CAGUCGAGCUUUAGAACCAGAAACGUAGUGAUUCUUGGUUGUGCCGCCGUCGUCGUCAUCGUUUUGGUCACACUAGCCGUUAGUGACUAUACAGAACCGCCUCAAAGCCCACCUGCGGCUUCACCAACGAUACGCAGUGUGCAUGCAAGAAAGCACGAGGAGGACAAUUCCGUAACAACUGGCUUGGCUGCAAAAAGUCCAGAUGAAGGGGCGUUGCCACUACUGUGCCACCUGACUGCUCCCAGCCUGAUUCCUGGAAGGUCAGGUGCAACUCUCCUACCCAAGCCUUGUAUCUGUGAUUACCUACUCCUGGAGAUUCGCAUGAACGAGGACGGAUCGUACAAUGCCGAAGAGUUCAACUUUCUUCAAGCUUACAAUGGAGAGAGCAAGCUGCUACUUGCCCUCCCUCAGCUGGCGUGGGAAGACUUGGAAACUACGGCUUCGUCAGAAACGUAUCUGGACAACGCUCGAAACCUGUAUAACACGAAGGGUGUUCGAGGCUACGGCCUUCUGUCCUUCCAAUACAAGUUGCCUACUGACCUAAGCCAACAAGUUGGACAUAUCUCACAUUUUUACGACACAUUGAAGAAAGAGCUCCAAGCGGGAGACUUGCAGAAUAAGUUCACAAAUUUCUUUUCUGUUCAACCCCGGCAACUCUCCAGUGCCAAGGAUACAUUCAAGCGACUUCUCACCGAAUUGCAGGGGAGAGUCAAGUUUAUAAUUCUAGAAACGUUCACAAGAACACACGAGAAGAGCUGCGUGGUGGAGGCCGCCUCGUCUUGGGGUCCUGAAGGUCUUUUUGGAGAUUUCCAACCAAACAUCAGGUCGACAUUGGACCUUGCAAUGUCCAUCGACUCCGCUCAAUCAACAGUGUACGUUCUUUCUUUCUCGUUAUUGGCAACGAAAUUCGCAUAUGUGAAAGGCACACGAGACGACUUAGUGGGAAAGUCAUGCAGCUACGCUACCUACGCUAGUUUUUACAAGUACUGCCAACGCGGUGACGGCGAGGAAGAAAGGUGGACCACGUAUGAUGACACCAACUUUUACGAGUUCGAUGCGGACCCUUCCAACGUGUAUAGCUUUGAAACAGCCCGUUCAAUAGAGGACAAGAUCCGGCGAUCCUCGGCCUACCUGGGGGCGACACGAUUGGAGCUAGGCUGGAUGGCAUUCAACUUGAGUACAAGUAUCGACAACGGGACCUGUGUGGGCGAACAGCUACGCCUUCUGAAAGCACGAAGAGUCAUUAACGACAUCCAACCGAAACAUUCCUCACUCAAGCGUCGUGGAGACGCCAAUUGCUAGCACUGUCCAAAUUUCUGUUCACGAAAGCUUAUGUUUCGCUACUCCUAUCAAUAAAGGAAAAGUGAGAAUGGUA